AAAAAAAGGAUUUCGGUUUGUCCAGCCCUUCUGCGGCAACAGGAGCAGACAGCGAACCCGGUGGAUUUUUUUUUCUUCCCUUCUUCGGCGUUUCUUUUCCAGCGCAAGGACUUCCACUCGGGGAAAAAAACCCAAAAAACAAAACGCAUACAACUGAAAAGCAAAACAAAACCUCAGAGACCGAACACGAGAAAGAGCAAGACUAAUAAUGAACAAUCCUGUUAAUCCGCUGUCCCGAGGGCUGGGGAUGUGCCCCGGCUCGGGAAGUUGUAGGCUGUAGAAGUUCUGCCUCUCGCUCAUGUACUGUGCUGUUUAGAGCUUGUCUCCCCCGACCUUUUUUUUUUUUUUUUUUUUUUUUUUUUAAUUUUUAAUUUUUGGUUUUUGGUGCUUUGUUGCUGUUAUUGUUGUUACCUUAAUUUUUCUUCUUCGUGAUGUGCUGUUAGAAACCACUCCGGGACUACUCCAGCAGUAAGGAAGAGCGAGGAGUGGAGUGGAUGAAUUUACCGAUGAGAGAUCCAGUAAUCCCUGGGACAAGCAUGGCUUAUCAUCCUUUUUUACCGCACCGGGCACCGGACUUUGCCAUGAGCGCUGUGUUGGGACAUCAGCCUCCCUUCUUCCCGGCUCUGGCUUUGCCUCCCAACGGGGCGGCCGCCCUGUCUCUUCCCGGGGCUCUGGCUAAACCCAUCAUGGAUCAGUUAGUGGGGGCUGCAGAGACUGGUAUUCCCUUUUCUUCCCUGGGUCACCAGGCAGCAGCCCAUCUGAGGCCUUUAAAAACUCUGGAGCCGGAAGAAGAGGUAGAAGACGAUCCGAAAGUGCAUCUGGAAGCUAAAGAGCUUUGGGAGCAAUUCCAUAAAAGAGGCACGGAGAUGGUGAUUACCAAAUCGGGAAGGAGAAUGUUCCCUCCAUUUAAAGUGAGAUGCACUGGACUGGAUAAAAAGGCCAAGUACAUUUUAUUGAUGGAUAUUGUGGCGGCUGAUGAUUGUAGGUACAAAUUCCAUAAUUCCCGGUGGAUGGUAGCCGGCAAGGCUGACCCUGAAAUGCCAAAGAGAAUGUACAUCCACCCGGACAGCCCGGCCACCGGCGAACAAUGGAUGUCCAAAGUCGUCACCUUUCACAAGCUGAAGCUCACUAACAACAUCUCUGACAAGCACGGAUUUACCAUUUUAAACUCCAUGCACAAGUACCAGCCCCGGUUCCACAUCGUCCGAGCCAACGAUAUCCUCAAGCUUCCUUACAGCACGUUCAGGACCUACGUUUUCCCGGAGACUGAAUUCAUCGCAGUGACCGCAUACCAGAAUGAUAAGAUCACACAAUUAAAAAUUGACAACAACCCCUUUGCCAAAGGUUUUCGGGACACCGGGAAUGGAAGGAGGGAAAAGAGGAAGCAGCUGACGCUGCAGUCCAUGCGCGUGUACGACGAGAGGCAGAAGAAGGAGAAUCCCACCUCGGACGAGUCGUCCAAUGAGCAGACGGCCUUCAAGUGCUUUGCCCAGUCCUCCUGUCCUGCCGUGCCCGCCGUGGGCACCUCCAGCCUCAAAGAUCUCUGCCCCAGCGAGGGAGACAGCGAUGCAGACAGCAAAGACGACCCCUUGCUAGAAGGCAACGAGUCGGGCAAAAUCAGCACGACCACCGCCGCCACCCCAGCGCCGGCCAGCUCCGCUGCCACCGCGGGGGACGACCCCCGGGACAAGGGCGGCAGCCCCUCCAAAAGCCACUUCUUCCCCGGGGACUCGGCAGGGAGUCGGAGCCGAGAGAGGACUGAGAAAGCCCCUCCGGACUCCCGGCACAGCCCGGCUACCAUCUCUUCCAGCACCCGGGGGGGAAGCCUGAGCGGCGAGGAACUGAAAAGCCCCCUCAGGGAUGGCCCCAAAGUAGACGAGAACCGACUGCUGGGCAAAGAGCCCUUCACCCCCCUGACGGUCCAAACCGACAGCGCGGCCCACCUGAGCCAGGGACACUUGCAGAACCUCGGCUUUCCCCCUGCCCUGGCCGGCCAGCAGUUCUUCAACCCGCUGGGGAACGGGCACCCGCUGCUGCUGCACCCCGGGCAGUUCGCCAUGGGGGGAGCCUUCUCCGGCAUGGCCGCGGGCAUGGGGCCCCUCCUCGCCACCGUCUCCGGGGCAUCCGCCGGGGUCUCGGGACUGGACAACACCGUCAUGGCCACGGCGGCGGCCCAGGGACUCUCGGGAGCGUCGGCGGCUGCUUUGCCUUUCCAUCUGCAGCAGCACGUCCUGGCUUCGCAGGGCCUGGCCAUGUCUCCCUUCGGCAGCCUUUUCCCCUACCCCUACACCUACAUGGCGGCGGCGGCCGCCGCCUCCAGCGCCGCUUCCAGCUCGGUGCACCGGCACCCGUUCCUGAGCGCCGUGCGGCCGCGGCUCCGCUACAGCCCCUACCCGCUGCCCGUGCCCCUGUCGGACGGCGGCAGCCUCCUCACCACCGCCCUGCCCGGCCUGGCCGCCGGCUCCGGAGAGGGCAAGGCGGGCGGGCUGAGCGCCAGCCCCGGCUCCGUGCCCCUGGACUCCGCCUCGGACCUCACCAGCCGCUCCUCCACCCUCUCGUCCGGCUCCGUGUCGCUGUCCCCCAAGCUGGGCGCGGACAAGGAGGCGGCCACCAGCGAACUGCAAAACAUCCAGCGCCUGGUCAGCGGGCUCGACCCCAAGCAGGACAGAUCCCGCAGCGGCUCCCCGUAACCCCCCGGCCCCCGGGAGCUCAUUUCAAAUCAGUCUCGCAGUGCACUUUGUUUGAAAGAAGAAACCACAUCCUCCGCCCCGCGAGUGUUUUGUUGUUGUUGUUGUUGUUUACUCCCUACUUUAUUUUGUUGGGUUUUUUUUCUUCUUCUUCUUCUUCUUCCUCUAUUUUAUUUUUUUCAACAUAUAAAAUCCCGAGGCGUUGUGUGCGUGCUUAACAACAAAAAGGUAUCUGGUGGAACAAGGAAAAAGAGCCGGGGAUGGGGGAGCGCUGGGCGGGAGGCUCCUCACAGGGAGCAGAACUGGCCGGAUCGAGGCACCGGAGGGGUUUGAGGCAUCCUCCUCUAAUUUUUUUUUUUUUUUUUUUUAAACAGUGUAAAAAUAAAAACCCAAACCCAAAACACACCGGAAAAAAAAAAAAAAAGAAAAAAAAAAGAAAAAAAAGAAAAAAAACUAAAACAAAAAAUAAAACAAAAAAAAAUCAAGCAAACUUCUGAAUAAAAAUUAAGUAAGAGAAGUGAUUUUUUUUCUCUCUCUGAAAGAAAAGUGUGUAAGUAACUCGCGUAUUGGUUCUUCAACAGUUGUUUCCUGGGCGGGUUGUUAACCACAACCCCCUCAGUCGAUAUUAAGGGAAGCUGUGUGUUUAAAAUAUUAUUGUGAUGUCUGAGAGCCAGU